AUGAAACUUGAAGACACCAAGCAUCCUGAGCGCACGGGAAAAUGGCUUCUUAUUUCGUACAUACCGGCAUGGAAUGUCUUUAAAAGCCACACCGUAGUUCUUCAGGAUGAUGCCACGAGAGACAGGAUCAACCGCCUUAUCGAUUCAAUAACUGACCCCUUUUCAACUGAGAUCAGAUACCAUCAUAAGUGUUGGCUUAAGUACAUUGGCGCCUAUCAAAAGAUUCCUGUUGAACAACACCAUGAACGUGCUCAGAAGAAUCAGAGUGAGGUUGUCUACGAUACGGCAGGUGGCGCUUCAUACAUUGAGUCCACUAUCUGCUCACUUGGAAUAAGCAAUGAACAACUAGUAGAGAACGUGGCUAGUAGACUGAGGAAGGAAGUCAAACAAACAACAACAAUUUCCUGGCCACCACAAGUUGUUGAGCUCGAGCAGGAGGAAAAUCUCCCACCUCUUCUUGUUCAACUUAUCUCAUCACUCAAAAAACCUGGUCAGGUUGAGCAAGAUGCCAAAGUCCGAGCUCUAGCUUCAAUGAUCACCUACUAUGUCACUGGGAGUCCAACAACUACUGCAGUAAACCUGAGUAUGAAUUUGCACGGUCUUACUCGUAGUCAGGAGUUAGUUGACACAUUCCACAAAUGUGGUGUUGGCAUUAAUUACUCGUCAGUUCUUCUGUUGCGUGACGCAUGGGCGGUGCAUGGCAUCCAGCUCUGCAGUGAGUGCCCCAACGAGAUUGCGGAAAAAACACCUGGAGUCAUAGUCGUCGACAACGAUGAUUUUCAAAAUGAGACAUUGACUGGUGGUGAUACAUCACAUCGUACUAACGUAAUGUAUGUUAGCCGGUCUCUCUUGAAAAUCGUGAUAUUCAGUCUGGUGAACGUGUCAAAAAUGCUAAAACCCUUUCGUCACGCCUAAAGAAUAUCGCAACGGGCAUGAACACACACGAUCGUUACGUUACCUACAAGCGAGGAGAGCCGACAGUCAGUGUUAGAGUAGAGCCUAAAGUUGGGAGUACAGUUCCUCAAAGAAAACGGUGUGUUAUUCACACACUCGUCCGUGCUAAUGCUGCUGGUGAGCGGCCUCCUACCGUUGAUCAAAUGGUACCUGGUUUUGCUGGCUUCCAAGCAUUGAUCUCAACCUCCGUAGAAAAGAGCAAACCUUACUACUUCAUGAUAUACCCAGAUCCUCGGAAAAAGGCGGUUCUUAACGAUGUUCUGGUAAAGGCUAAUAAAGCAAUUCAAAGAAAGAACAUGCCAUUUGCUGUAGUCGUUGGAGAUCAACCGGUGUACACACUGCUCGUUGAGAUCAAGAGUGAACAUCCAGAGAAAUUCGAGAAAAUCAUUCCAUUCCUUGGUCCCUUCCAUAUUCAAGGUUCUAUGAUCUAUGCUAUAUAUAAGCGUCAUAAAGGAAGUGAGAUAGCCGAUGUUUUAGUUGCUGCUGGUGUCAUUGCUGAAGGUUCUGUUGAUCAAGCUUUGAGAGGGAAGCAUUAUAAGCGAGCUCUGCGUUGCCUAAUGCUAAUGUACGAGUCAUUUAUGCAUCUCCUUCUAAAUCAGUUCCACGAGGAAUCGCAGCUUGAGGCUUCCACGAUGACUAGACUUGCUAUACUCCGUGAUCCAAAGGCAAACUCUCAGGACUCCCUCGCUACUGCUCAAAAGGAACUUGAGAAUGAUCCAGCCGUAGAUACUCUUAUAAACAACAUGUUUGAUAAGAUUGAGAAGACAGACAUGGCUUGCUACUGGCUUGACUUUAUGACAAUGGUCGAGAUUUUGAUGAUGAAUGUGUAUGCCAUUCACACGUGCAACUGGGACGAAUUCCUCACCUUUCUGCGAGAGAUGAUGCCUUGGAUGGUGAUCUACGAUCAGACACACUACGGCCGCUGGCUACCACAUUUUUGGGCUAUGCUUUCGUCACUAUCUCCGGAUCAAACGCAGUUCUUCAGUUCAAACUUCGCCCAGUCUAUUACAGGUAAUCCAUUUUCAUGCAUCCCUUGGGACAUGUGGAUCGAGAUGACCAUGAACAAGGGCUUGAAGUUAAAGGCUGGUUGGCUGUCAAUCCUCCGUAAUGAGAAGCAGCUGAUGACUGACAUCAGAAAUGCCAACAAUCUUGGUCGAGUUCGCACCGCUGUUCACAAUCAAAUCAACAGAAAGCAAAUAUCACGAACACAUUCUGAGUUUGCUCCCACAAGGAUGUGCAAGGACGAACAAGCUGUCCAGGAUCUCAUUGCAUGCAUCAAGGAGUUUGAUUGCUUCCCUUUUGACGUGUCAUCACCAAAUCUACGAACCUUGCAAUCAGCAAUUCCCGCUCCAACUGAGAUGAUCCGUGAUUUCCAGACAGCCAAACAAGAUGGUGAAACAAAGUUGAAAGAAUUCAUGGACGAGUGUGUUUAUUCGAAGGAAAAGUCUCUGUAUGAUCGUAUCAAGCGUCACUCUCGUCUCACUUUCGCUAAAGCACCAACGACCAAAACUGGCGAAGUCCUUAAAGUUAAACAGGGAGAAAUGGAAAACAGAGCUUUGGCGUCUGUAGUUAAUCUUGUUGAUGUCAGCGGCUUGAUGAUGCUUUCUGAUGUAAUGAAAUACCGCAUAACUGAGGAGUGUCUCACGCUAUUCAAUGUUAAUGGUACCUUCAGGAAGACACAGAAGAGCAAGAUACUCCAGAAACUGACACAAGAGCCAAUUGAUGUCUCAUCUUACACCGCGCUGGUUGACAUGGGGAUGAUCUGGCGUCUUGCAUCUCCCACUAUGGAGGACCGAGAAAAGAAUGAUGGGUCUACUUAUACCUGGGGUAACUACACCGACAAAGUUACCAGCAUGCUACUUGCACGCCAUGUGGACGCUACUACCAUUAUCUGCAUUAACGACCCAUAUGAUCACGUUGAAUCCAUCAAAGAUGACGAGCGUGAGUCGCGUAUCCAGGGGCAAGGUCAUAUUCCCAAUGUGUAUAUGAAAUCAACUGACAAGUUUCCAUCAGCCCGAGAUUUUAAGACCUUUCUCUGCAGUUCCGGGAAUAAGAGACGCCUGCAGGCACUUAUUAAGUCUCAACUAUCUAAAGUUGUCCAGUCAACAAUCAAGUCCUGCUCUAUUCAGUUGGCGUAGAAUGUGUAAAUCUCUCAUCUGGUAGUAUUCAACAAGACCUUGCCUUCGAUCAGUGCGAGGCUGACACCAUCAUACUGUCAUUUUACACAGCUCUGAGGGCGUCUGGUUACAAUGACCCUGUGAUCAUAGAUGCAGCGGACACAGAUGUCUACAUACAAGCAGCUGCCAUUUCGCAUGAUGUUCCUGGUAUAAUCUGCAUCAAGAAAAAGAAGGAAUUGCUUUUCUGCAGAGGCAUGUGUGCUGACGAGGACAUCGCUAAAUGUCUUAUCCAAUUCCAUGUCAUGACUGGCUGUGAUGCAAAUAGCUGCUUUUAUGGUCAUGGUAAAUCGACCCUCUAUGACAAAAUGGUAAAGAGUGUUGAGUGCCGCAGACUUCUUUCAAGCUGUGAGGAGAGCCUUCCUUUAAAAGAAGAUGUUCUAAAUGACCUCGUAUCUUAUGUCACACGGUUUGUAUACGGUGAUGUACAUAGUUCUUCUCUGGAUAUUGCCAGAGCAGCUAAGUGGAAAGGGCAAAAGAACAAAUCCUUGAUGCGUCUUCCACCUGACUCGGACAGUCUGAAGCAGCACAUUCUCCGAGCUAAUUACUUGGCCUACAUCCAACGUCAUCCUGAACUAAGAACACAUCCCUCACCUGUUGGUCACGGUUGGGAACUCAUCAAUGGGUGUUGUAAACCAGUGAGACACACGCAACCUCCGCUUCCUCUUACCUUAUCCAACACUUUACCUCCACAUGACUCAGAUAUUGAUUCUGAGUUUUCCGACGUGAUAGACUCUGAUUUGGACACCUCAUCAGAUGAAGAGGACUGA